GCUCGCUUCAUUUAAUUUAUCCAUAUCCUUGUUACGACACGUCCCAACCCGGCAUCAUGGUUCCUCUGUCACUCAAUCUCGCCGUCCUCUUCAUCUUCAUGAGUAAUACCCUUCUCGGCCACCGUAUAUAUCAAAGCGCUGGAAUCGACAGCCCAAGCAAUUCGUUCGGAUCAGCAGACAUUCAAUGUAACCGAGAUGUACAGUGGGACUUGCGUACACCAGUCAGUUGCAGUGAUGGCUACGUAUGCUGGACAACCGCGAACAUGACAAUGGAGUGCACGGAGCAGUCCGACUCGGAAUGCAAAGUCGGCGUCGUCUGCAUGCGUGAUCAUUAGGC